AUGGCACACGAGGACGUGCGCUAUUACAGGGGGCAGUACAAGGAGAGACUCCUGCCCCUGCUCAGGGAAUUCCGGGUGAGAGAGGAGGACUCCACAAACUCGUUUAUCUGCCUCCUGAAGAAGAUGAAAGAAGUGCGAUUGAUGGAGAAGGUUGUGGAAGAGAAAGAGGAGGCCUUCAUGGAGAGGAUGGAGGCCCUUGCUGAGCAGUGGAGGCACCUGCACGCCAGGAGGGCCCAGCUGAAAGCCCACGUGGUGAGGUCUGGGAGCACUGUAAAGGAGAACGAAAGGCUGCGGACCCAAGCUCUGAAGAAAGCCAGAGAAGAGAAAGAGCAGAACACAAAAAAGGAGAGUGAGCUCUUGGGGGCUAAGAGGGAACUGGAAGCCCUCACAAAACAGCACCAGAAACUCUCCAAAAAAUUGGUGAAGUACUCCCUGUUCAAGCGGUACCUGGAGAAUGUGGUGGAGAAUUCACAGUUUCGGGACAUCGAGGACAUCAUUUCCUUCUACAAGGCGCUGGUGAGGACACGCAAGGAUGUGGUGCAGUCCCAGUGGGGACACAGACAGCUGACGGAGCAGGCCACGGUGCUGCUGCAGCAGCUCAGGGCGGAAAGGGAAGCUGAGGCGCUGCAGGGCAGGAAUGAGCUGGUGCAGCUCCAAGAAUCUCUUGACCGUGCUCGGAGUGACAUCCUGCAGUGGGAGGGUCGCUGGGCCGAGCUCCAGGACAGGGCUGCUCGGAAAGCCGUGGAGCUGAAGUCCCUCAGCAUGGCCAUCCACAGCCUCUUCCAGGCCGCCAGCACACAGCUCCAGCCAAAGGGCAAGGUGGCAGCUGGUGACAGCCACAGGCAGCUGGACAUGAUCCAGCAGUUUAUCCACGACCUCCAUGACUUCACGGAGGACAUGAAGAGCCGCAGCCAACCUCAGUGA